AUGUCUACAGAUUUCAUACCGCCACCACCAGAUCCAGCAAUUCGCGGCUCAUCGCCACCUAGCAAGGACAUCCCUAUCGCACCACCACCCUGGACCCUCAAAGCCAAAUCCUGGAUGUUCAUCUACAGCGACCCAAGCGUCCCCGAGCCAACAGCCUCUAGCUUAAAUCCCAACGACGCUGCCGAAAUCUUACAGGAUGUACUAACUCCCGGCUCGUAUCACCCCAUGGAAACCAUCCAUCCAGAUGCACUCCGCAAACUCGACGAUGGUAAACCGCAACUCAACGGUAUUGGGAGAUUAGCAAAACUACUUGCAAUAAUCCGAUAUGAGGAUACAGACGUUGGUCCGUAUGAUGAACUUAUCGUCAUGCCGGGAUAUUUUGUAAAUCCUCACACGGGGAAGCGGAAUGCGAGGAUUAGUAAUAUUUAUGUUUCGACGGAUGCGUCAGUCUGGAAUGGGAGGAGAAAUUGGAAUAUCCCGAAGCAUAAAGCACGUUUCGUCUUUGAGCCCGUUGGUAAACGGGACCAGAUAUUAAAAAUAUACCAUCCAGAGGAUAGCGCUGCACCUCUCGACCCGAACAGACCAUUUUUUGCGGCAUUAUUGAAAGGCUCUGCGUUGCCAAACUUGCGUCUACCAACGAUGGCACCGGCUAGUCUUAUGCAACCGCCCCUCGCAGUGCCUAGGUAUCCCAAGAAUUCGGCGGCUACUGCUGCUGUGAUUGGGACUGAUGAUGCCGAAAACGGGCGAGAGAAUCCUUGGCUAAUGAUCACGCCGACUUAUAAGGGGUCUUGGGGUUUGACUUAUAUCUCAAAAGCGCCUACUGCGCAUAACGCAGAGAGUUUGGAGUGGUACGGUGAUGGAAUCAGUGUGCCAAAGAUGAGUGUAUGGUCUGUUGGGGGUUAUUUCGAGGGGGCUAUUGACUUUCCAGCUUCGAAGAUCGUGAGCUAG